UAAUGCAAUGCUUGCUUGUGAUGUAAGUGGUGUCGCUUUAUUUUGCUGUUUCGCUCAACUGAGAAGAAUAUAAAGAGAAGAUUAUUCAGUUUACACAAUGGUUGCGCCACGGCUGCCCAGAAGAAGAGAACAGGAGAAUGACACACAGAACAUCUCUUCCAUUGCAUCUGAAUCAACCCCACUGCUGGCCACACAACCACAAAAAGGCUGGUUGGAAAGAUUCAAGCGACUACCUGGACCGGGAAUUAUUUGUGCAGCACUGUCGGGUCUCUUUUUCUCUAUUGGGUCAUUAACUGUAAAACUUAUACCUUCCAUGAACCCCUUGGAAAUAGUUUUCUUUGGAGCUAUAAUACAAACUGUUAUAUUUAUUAGUAUCAAUAUACAAUCCCGUCGGUCUAUUUUGGGGGCAUCUGGUGAGCGUUUCUUUCUUCUGAUGCGAGGUAUCAGUGGUGUAGUUUGUGCUAACCUCGUCUACUAUUCCUAUCGACUGAUUCCUUUGGCUGAUGCCACAACCAUUGUAUUCAGUGCACCGAUUUUUGUUGCUAUCUUUGCAUGCAUGUUAUUGAAAGAAACGUGUAAUUUGUUUUUUAUUAUAACUGUGAUCACUACUAUAUCCGGCGUAAUAUUUAUAUCUAAGCCGCCAUUCCUCUUUGACAGUGACCAAGAAAACGUGUCCAGCAGUAAUAGAAUCAUUGGUAUUAGCCUUGCUUUCGGAGGAUGCUUGUCUUUUGCUUUGGUAUAUCUCUUCAUGCGAAAACUUCAGCGGAGUCAUUAUUCUUCUAUUACACUUGUUUUUUCUGUAUUAGUAGUUAUUGUUAACCCCAUCUUAUUAACACUUAGCGACAGUUGGUCAAUUCCCGGAUGUGAAAGAGACGGCUGGCUACUUGUUUUGUUAGGUUUUGCAGUUGUAGGUGCACAAAUUUCUCAAAUAUUUGCCCUAAAAACGGAGAAUGAAGGGCCAGUCUCUGUUGCCAGAAGUUCUGAAGUGUUUAUGGCAUUUAUAUUUCAAGCAUCAAUACUAGAGGAAAAAGUAGAGUGGACUAGUACAGUUGGAGGAAUUCUUGUGUGCUCUGGUAUCGGGCUUUUUGGAUGGAGACAAUGGAAAAAAGAUAAAUUAUAUCAUAGAAGAAAUAUGUAA